CUGCGGAGACUUGGAUCUGUUGAUGCGAAGAGAGAGAGAGAGAGAGAUGGGUCGAGCGUGGACGAAGACGAUGGUGAUGAUUAUGAUGUUGACAUCGACGAUCUCAGCGGAAGAGCAUCUGAGCACUAAAGAGUGCGAGGAUCUAGGGUUCACCGGUCUCGCUCUCUGCUCCGAUUGCCACUCACUCUCCGAAUACGUCAAGGAUCAAGAGUUGGUAUCUGAUUGCUUGAAAUGUUGCGCUGAUGAUUCUGAGGAUUCCAUGAGUAAGGUUACUUACUCAGGGGCUAUAUUAGAGGUGUGUAUGAGGAAGCUGGUUUUCUACCCUGAGAUUGUUGGUUUUAUUGAAGAAGAGAAAGAAAAGUUCCCUAGUGUUAACGUUCAGUACAUUUUCAACUCACCUCCCAAGUUGAUCAUGUUGGAUGAAGAUGGUGAACAUAAGGAAACGAUCAGAAUCGACAACUGGAAACGUGAACAUCUACUGCAGUACAUGCGGGAGAAGGUCAAGCCUACUUCAUCAAGUUAGUGUACAUGUGGUGUUGAACUUUUGUCAAACAAUUGGAUCUUAUGGUUAAACAACACAUUGUGUGUGGUCUUUGCUAUCUCCCACCUAUUUGCGUUAGUAGUCUGUAUGUUCCGAACCUUAGCAAUCUCAUAAUUAAUGACUUCUAUUUAA